AUGUUGACAGUAGAUGUGCAUGCAGCUAGUCCUCAUGCAAAUUUGGAAAUAAUAAUCUUUACGGUUACGGCAUUUCAAAUUGCAUUAGGUUUAUUGGCGAUUUGGGUUAUCGUACUUGUAGCAACAUGGUAA